GUGAGGCGAUAGGAGGGCGGCUCUCGCCUCACACCUCUGACUGAACUGCCGCCUUUUCCCGCCCUAGCGGGGUGACGUCAUUACUGACCGGCCAUGGACGGGUUCCCGGGGCCUCCUCACCCUACAGAGGGUCUCCCGGGUCCCUCACACGCCACACCGGGUGUCUCCACCCGCCCGCCACUCUUAAGCAUCGCGCAGCCCGUAGGGGGCGUCUUCCGCUCCCCACACCACAGGCCCGCGUUUUCCGGGACGCCACGCCAGAUUGCGGGUGUCUGCGGUACUCUGAUGAGCCCUCGGGCGGGGUCACCGUACGCUGCACAGAGUACCUCCAGGGCCCCGAGCCCCAUAUCGGGUGUGUUUGUGACUCCACAGCCCGCAAGGGGUGUCUGGUAUACUCCGCCCUGUACUGCAGGUGCUUUACACCCCAGGGCGGGAGUAACCGGGACGCCACACCCCAGAGCGGGUGUACUAUGCCGCAAGUGGGCGGUGCCGGAGAGUUCAGGCUCUUCCUACUACUCUGGCCGGGAAACUCCUCCUCCAUCUGGGCCCCUGAGGACCCCAUCAACUCUAGUGACGCCUGGAGCCCAUAGUCCCGCCCCGGGGCCCCACAGAACACCCACCACAGGGGCCAGCAACAGUGGAGAGCAGACCAGAGAAUCCUAUUUUGCGGACCAAAGUUCUGUUGCAGAGAAUACAAGUGCCUUUCACUUUCCCUCGGUCUUGGGUUCUUCCAGGAAGGAUUCCAGCUCUUCUAGUUGUGGAAGAGCAACAGGAGGAUACUUCACCAAGUCUAAACUCCAGACUCCUGUUGCUGGCUAUCCAGUGACAACAUCAUCUACGUCCGCUCAGUCCACGGCUCAGUCUACAGCCUCUGUCAUUGUAGCGGUAGCGGAAGGAAGAGGACUUGCCAGUGGAGAAAUAGGAAUGGCUAGUUUGGAUCUGAAAAACCCUGAUGUUGUCUUAUCUCAGUUUGCAGACAGCUCCACAUAUGUCAAGGUUAUAACAAAGCUUCAGAUUCUAGCACCAAAAGAGAUAUUGAUGUCAAACACGGCCUGUGAAGGUGGUAAAACAACAGAACUGUCUCGUUUGAUCACUGAAAACUUUAAGGGCGUAUCUUUUACUACUGUUCAGAGGAAAUAUUUCAACGAGACAAAGGGUUUGGAAUACAUUGAACAGCUGUGCGCCCCUGAAUUUAGUACAGUACUGAUGGAAGUUAAAACUAAGUAUUACUGCUUGGCUGCUGUUGCUGCUUUGCUGAAAUAUAUCGAAUUUAUCCAGAAUUCAGUCUACGCUCCCAAAUCUGUCAGGUUCCGAUUCCAAGGAAGUGAGCAGACCGCUAUGAUCGAUUCUGCAUCCGCACAGAACCUUGAACUUCUGGUGAAUAACAGAGAUACUAGGAAUAAUCAUAGUCUUUUUGGGGUACUGAAUAAUACUAAAACACCAGGAGGGAGUCGUAGACUCAGGGCAAAUAUCCUGGAGCCUCUUACUGACCUUGAAAGCAUCAACACGAGGCUGGACUGUGUCCAGGAGUUUCUUGAAAAUGAGGAGCUUUUCUUCAAUCUCCAGUCAGUCCUUUCCAGAUUUUUGGAUACAGAACAGCUUCUUUCUAACCUUAUUCAGAUUCCAAAGCAGGACACGGAAAAAGCUGCAGAUACAAAGAUCACCUUUUUAAUUUCACUGAAGCAUACCCUAGAGCUUGUGGAGCCCUUAAAGGCUGUACUGAAAAACUGUAAGACGUCACUUCUCAAAGCUUACUAUUCUUCUUUGGAGGAUGAAAGGUUUGAUCUUGUACUUGAAAAAAUUAAGACGGUCAUUAAUGAUGACACCAGAUACAUCAGAGGAUGUCUCAAUAUGAGAACUCAGAAGUGUUAUGCAGUUAAGCCGAACAUUAGCGAGUUUCUUGACAUUGCCCGAAGAACGUAUGCAGAAAUCGUAGAUGACAUUGCUGGAAUAAUAUCACAGCUAUCUGAGAAGUAUAACUUGCCACUAAGAACAAGUUUCAGCACUGCCCGGGGAUUCUUCAUCCAGGUGAAUGCUGAAGGAAGUAUGCAGCAGUCUCUUCCGGCAGAAUUUGUUAAGGUGACGCGAAUUAAAAACACUUACAGCUUCACAACAGUCGAUUUAAUUAAGAUGAAUGAACGAAUCAACGAAUCACUCCGAGAAAUCUACCACAUGUCUUAUAUAAUAGUGUGUAAGCUGCUUAAUGAGAUCUACGAGCACAUCCACUGCCUGUACAGGUUAUCAGAUGCAGUCUCCAUGCUGGAUAUGCUGCUUUCUUUGGCUAGUGUUUGCACACUGUCUGAUUAUGUUCGUCCAGAAUUCACAGAUACAAUGGCGAUAAAACAGGGCUGGCAUCCAAUCUUGGAGAAGAUUUCCUUGUCCAAACCAGUUCCCAAUGACACCUAUCUAAGUGAGGGGAGUAAUUUUAUCAUAUUAACCGGGCCAAAUAUGAGCGGAAAAUCAACAUAUUUAAGACAAAUUGCUCUCUUCCAGAUAAUGGCACAAAUAGGGUCCUUUGUUCCAGCAGAAUAUUGUUCACUACGAAUUGCUAAACAGAUAUUUACCAGGAUUGGAAUGGACGACGAUAUUGAAACAAAUGCCUCAACUUUCAUGAGGGAAAUGAAGGAGAUAUCAUACAUAAUUCAGAAUGUAAAUGACCAGUCUCUAAUAAUAAUUGAUGAACUUGGAAGAGGCACUAGUGCGGAGGAAGGCAUCGGAAUCUGCUACGCAGUCUGCGAACACCUUCUUGGUUCAAAGGCAUUCACACUUUUUGCAACCCAUUUCUUGGAGUUAUGUCAUCUAGGUACAAUGUAUCCAAAUGUAGAAAACUUUCACUUUGCUGUAAAGCAUGCAGCAAACAAGUCGGGGAUAAAAAAGUCAAUCGCUUAUACCUACUUGCUAUCCAAAGGGCAGACAAAAGAGCAGAAUUAUGGUUUAAAAGCAGCCACACUUUCAUUCUUACCGGACUCCAUAAUGGAGGAUGCCGGUGAAAUCUCCAAGAUAGUUGCAGACAAGAUCCUGCAAAAACAGAGCAGCACUCUGGAGAGCCGGAGACAGAUGGCCGCCUAUCAGCUAGCUCUAAGGCUUGUACAGGCAGCAAGGAACUCCAAACUGGACCCUGAGAGCCUGAGGACUUACCUGAAACAUCUGAAGAAGAAAUAUACUUCUGACAUCACCACUGCUUGCCAUUUAUCUACAGAGUCACAGGAAGAAAGUCACACGAACAUGUAGAAUAUUCUCAACAGUCCAAACAAUUCUUACCUGUAAUUUUUGAUUGGAUGCCAACCGAUGUUAGAACAAAACAAGGAUUUUUUUUUAAAGUAUUAUAAAAUAUAUUACCUGUAAUAAUAAUUUGUAAA